UUCAUUGUACAGAAGAUUAAGUUAUGCGUCGGAAGAUACUACCGGAGAUUCAUACUCUAUCUAUUUUAUAUAUAAUUAAAGAAAACAAUGAAAUUAAUCAUUUUAACGAUGCUAUUAGUAUUCGAUUAUUGCUCCGGAAAAACUUCAUCUUUUUCUUUGCUAAAAUAUAUUUUGUCUUCGGAUGGAAAUGAAUUAAAGAAGGUUAGAAGGGAAUCGGAACUUUACGGUGAUGAUACUGUCUUAGAUUUCAUUGGGUUAGUUGAACGUCACGGAUAUCCAGCCGAAGAGCACAAAGUUACUACAGAUGAUGGAUACAUUCUUACAAUACAUAGGAUACCUUAUAGUCCUAUAUCAGACAAUAGUACAAAAAAAACGGUUGUUUUUAUAUUACACGGGCAGCUUGCAUCAUCUGAUUCAUGGGUUUUCUUGGAACCUGAACGAAGUCUUCCUUUUCUACUUGCUGAUGAAGGAUAUGACGUUUGGCUUGGAAAUUUUCGAGGAAAUACCUAUUGCAGAUCUCAUGUUAAUAUGACAACGGAUGACCCAAAUUUUUGGAAAUUCAGUUACCACGAUAUUGGCUUACACGAUGUUCCUCAGAGCAUCGACUAUGCUCUUAAUUAUACAAAAUCAAGGAAAUUAUUUUACAUAGGGCAUUCUAUGGGUACAUCGGCUUCCUACGUUAUGUUAUCUAUGAAGCCGAGUUACAAUGUUAAAAUGAGAUUAGUUAUAAGUUUAGGACCUGUUUCUUAUUUUAAACACAAAUUUCCACCAUUAUUAGAGUAUUUGGUAAAAAUAACUCCACAAUUAAAGGUCAUGUUAGAGAAAGAGGGUAUUUAUGACCUCUUGCCACAAUCAAAAUUAUCAAAAUCACUAGGUAAAUAUUUUUGUAACAACAAUUCAAUUUUCCUGCCAAUAUGUACAUGGUUAUUGUAUAGUAUUUCGGGACGUGAUACUGCACAAAUGAAUAAAUCAACGAUGUCAUACUUCUUGAAUUAUUUACCUGCUGGCACAUCGACUCAAAGUUUGUACCAUUACUAUCAAAAUUAUUUAACAGGUAAUUUCGAAGCUUAUGAUUAUGGAUACGAAGGUAAUGUUAUUAAUUAUAAAACACCAAAACCUCCAAUUUAUAACGUAAAGAAAAUAGUUGCACCAGUUGCAUUAAUCUACGGACUUAACGACGCUUUAACAAAUGAACAAGAUGCUACAGUAUUAAGCAAAAAAUUACCUAAUCUUGUCACCUGCGAAGCUGUUCCGUACGAAUGUUUCUCUCACUUUGAUUUUAUUAUAGCGAAAGAUAUGAAAUCAUUAGUAUAUGAUCGAGUAUUACAAUUAAUGAAAGACUUUUAAUGAUUUAUUUAAAUAUAAUAAAAUCUAUAAAAGCGA